AUGGUACCAGAUAAUGGAAAUGAAUAUGAUGUUCCGGUAGGAGAAAGGGUAGAAAAGGCACUAAGUAUCCCAGCUCCUUUGAAUGAAAGUUCAGCAAUGGGGCAAAUGGCGGAGGGCUCUGACGAAGGAAAUACAUGUAUGUACGAAGAAAUUUGGGAAGGGGAAGCACGUGCGAGAGGGGCUAUACCUAAAAAUCAAAAUGCCCAAUGGAAAGCGGUAGAUUCUGCUGAUGAGAGUAUCCCAGCUCCUUUGAAUGAAAGUUCAGCAAUGGGGCAAAUGGCGGAGGGCUCUGACGAAGGAAAUACAUGCAUGUACGAAGAAAUUGGAGAAGGGGAAGCACGUGCGAGAGGGGCUAUACCUAAAAAACCAAAUGCCAAAAGGAAAGCGACAAAGUUAAAGACUGGAUGGAAUGAGAAGUGGCACACGACAGACAGGAGAGUAAAAGAUGAAUACGCUGAAGAUCGGAUUCCAGAAGCAGCAUCGAUUCGGGAUAUUCCCAGUUGUAGUAGAGAAGAAACAGGAGAAUGCUAUCAACGCAGGAAAGAUAAAAACAGAAGUGUAUCAAAUAAUGCAAAUGGAAAUGGUGCUCUUAAAGAAGAGAGAGUACUUCAGGUACAGGGCGCUGCGGCUCCUUUGAAUGGUCAUUUACAAAAUGGACGAAACAAUGAGCACGCUGACGACGAAAAUGUAUAUGAGAAUAUUUGGGAGGAAGAAGUUGAUAAUGAAAGGGUUUUGCGUGCAGAAGCCAAUGCCCAGCAGGAAAUUGGACAUGAAGUUGAUAAUGAGAGGGUUUUGCGUGAAGAAGCCAAUGCCCAGCAGGAAAUUGGAAAUGUUGCUCUAGAGGCUUCUUGUCUAGAUUGGAUACAUGAGGAAAGAUAUGCUGGUCCUGUAGUUUUAGUGAUGAAGAUAAUCGGUCAGAAGCAAUGUAUUAAAGAAUGUCAAACCAGAGCUACUCUGUGUAAAGGAAUCAGUUAUAAGAAGGAAAAUCUACAGUGUGAAAUCGUAUCCUCUACUGAGGAGAUGGAGCCUUCCUCAAAGUACCUCAGAAUUAAACUCGAUGAAACAGUGAAUGACAACGUUGAAUGCCUGUCGUGCUUGCCGAAUGAGAAGUGUGUAUUUCUUUCAAGCGAGAAGACAUAUUGCGUCAAUGAUAAUGAUAAAAAAGGUACUAAAGAUUGCACAGAAGUACAAAGUCUCUCAUCUCAAAGUGGACUAUAUAGAAUAAGUAUCCCAGUCUUAGGUCACGUGACCGCCUUUUGUGAAAUGGAGGCAGAUGGUGGAGGCUGGACAGUUUUCCAACGUCGACUUGACGGAUCUGAGGAUUUCUACAGAACCUGGGCGGAAUACAAGGAUGGAUUUGGGAAUCUCACGGCUGAAUUCUGGUUUGGAAAUGAAAAACUCUACCUCUUACUGAGUCAAGGAAUAUACGAGUUACGGAUGGACAUGAGUGAUUUCAACAAUCAGACACGUUAUGUUAAAUACAGCAGUAUAUCUCUCGGUAACGAGGCUUCAAAAUACCUGAUGUCCUUAUCUGGGUACUCGGGGGACGUAGCUGAUUGUUUUACUGCAACAACCAACCCCAUACAAAAUAUGAAGUUCUCGACGAAAGAUCAAGACAACGAUGUUGAUGGAAACAACUGUGCGACUUUGUACAAGUCUGGAUGGUGGCAUAAUAAAUGUCAUUGUUCUAACCCUAACGGUCUGUACUUAGCUGGAGACACCACCAUAUUUGCUGAAGGGAUAACUUAUAAUCCCUGGCUAACGCAUUAUUACUCACUGAAGACGAUUCAGCUAAUGGUUAGAAGAACAGUAUAAGUAAUAGAGCUAGCUAAAACAGAAAAACGGAAACGUAGGGAAAAAUGAAUGUAAAUUUCAACGGAAAAGAUAGAGAAUUGUAAUACGUUAAUAUAUCUCAAUGUACAUGUCAAAAGAAUGGAAAUAAUGAA